GCACUGUUUUGCCCUCACCUGUUGCGAGUGUGUCUGUUGGUCUCUGUGCUGUCGGCGUCGGCGGGGCCAGGCGACACGAGAAAUGUGUGAACAGCCACACACUCUCGGUGUUACCUGACUCCCUCGACUCCGACAGUCAGAGACAAACGGGCAGCCAUGGCCGUGGUUGCCGGCGACGACUGGUCGAUUGGCAUUUGUGUGGCUGUCCAUCUCUCUCUCUCUCUUGUUGUCUCGGUGUGUGUCAUGGUGUUGUGGCGUCUGGUGGGCGGUUGGUGGGCGGCGGCAGAGCAACAGAAGGGACCUUCACACGUCCAUUCUGACGCUGUGACGCCAUCCGUAGCUGCCCGCCAGGUGUCACAGCGACCAGAGAACAGAGUAAAAAGCGAUCCGAUGGUCUCAUCGGCCUUUUGAUGGUCUGUCAUUGACGCAAGUGAACGAUGUCUGAGUGUCCGAAACACGCACACACUCUUCUCUCUCAAUCGUCAGUGAAGAUGCGAUAGCCUGCAACCGCACGUCAGACACACACCACGCACCAUCCCAGACGGCCAAGUAGGCAACCAUUAUACUCACUCACGCACAUACAUACCAGCGGUAAGAUUGUGGUUUCUUGUGAGGUCGCAGCAGUUCAGGUAGGCAGGCGAGUCGAUGCCCUUGCCAUGCUUCUGCACCUGAUCACCCUCUGAUCACCCACACCACACCCAAACACACGCACACACGCACGCAGAGGAGAAAAGACGGACCUGCAUGGCAUGUGCCCAACGAAGAGUGAGCGACAGAAUCACCUCCGAGAAGCAGUGAUGUCUCGUUGUCAACCGGGGGGGCCGGCUGGGCCUUUUUGCCCUUCUGUGCAGAGCACACAACACAUGCACUCCCUGCCUCUAGUUGCGGUGUGGGUAGAUCAUUUGUGUCGUCUAGUGCACCGCAUAGAACUGCAGCGCAGCAUCAGGCGACGGCGCCCACGCCUUCUGCACAGCGGUGGUCUGCGAGGGGUCCAUCCCCUCUUUGUAGUUCUCGGCCACGAGUUUCACCUCCUUGGCGCGAGUGGCCUUGUGGAACUCCGUCAUCGACGACAUGCCAGCACUGUACGGUACGUGUCGCAUCGCAUCGCAUCGCAUCAAUCAACAAGUGUGGGUGCAUUCAUUUUGCUACGCAGAGAGAGGUGAUGGGAUGGCGGCUCCUACAUACUUUGUUUUCAUCGUGACUGGGUCGGCUUUCUCCGUCUUCUUCACCCACGAGUAGCCGGCAGGGGAGCCGAAACGGACGCGACUCUCGGUGUCGAAAUACCUUGCGCGUGAGACAGAUGGAUGGCCCAUGUAUAUCAAUUGCACGGUAUACGUCUCCUGCAGCCUAGGUACCUACAUCUUCUCGUGUGCAUCGUCGUGAUGAUCAAUGAGCGCCCCAAAGCCACGCGGAGGGCCACCGACAGGCCGUCUGCCCGGCAAGAGGCAGAGAGAUACAGACACGGACGGCUGCUUCCUUCUCAUCUGCUGUCAGUCAGUCACCUCGAUUCGUCGCAGACUUCGAGGAUGUUUCUGGGCUGGAUCAUGCGGGCAGGGAGAGGGGGGUCGGCCACAAACUCGGGAUGGGCGGCCCUUCCUGUCCAUCAAAAGAGAGAGACGUCUCAAAGGCAACUCUCUUGGUCUGCUCGUCUGCCUGGCCGCUUGCUCCUCUAUCGCUCACUUUGGAAGUCGGCUCUGUGCGUCGUCUGCAUCUCGCGGUAGCCAAAAUCUGAGCCAGCCAGACGGCAGACACACGACUUUCUCUCUCUCCCCCCUCUCGGUGAGUGUCCCGCCUGCUUGGCUCACCCGCGACGGCCCAUGAUCUGUGGUGCGGAAUCCGUGCAGUUCUGUGCAGGAUGGCAUCCUUGGUCUGCGGCCCUAAAGAGGCCACGAUGUAGCUCUCCUGGGGGCGCAGCUGCGCAGCAAGGCACAAGACAGGCAGGCAGGCGGGAAGACAGAAGGUGUGUGUCGGCGACGGGUGAGUGCUCGCAGUCUCACUGUCUUGUUGUCCCUGAAGUCUUUGCUCGGCUGCUCCAGAGCAAACCGCUCCUCAAACCUGACCAAACAUGUCCACGGCACAGCACCGGUGUGCAUGACCUCUUUGCACUGAGGGAGCAGUCACUCGGCCUUGGCUCACCAGUUGGCUUGCAGUGUUUUCAGCCCAUACGUGCCGCGAUGCAUCUUGACAACAGGAGAAGCGCGGAGGAGCCUUUUUCAGCUGAUGAGGCGAG